AUGUUUUGCAAAUCGGAUCCAACCUCAGCAUUACCAAGUUUAGAUUGGAACCGACGAUUUCAAAUAAUUAAAGGUGUAGCUUGUGCACUAGUAUAUUUGCAUGGAGAUUGGGAACAAGUUGUGGUUCACAGAGACAUCAAGGCUAGUAACGUUCUAUUAGAUGGUGAAAUGAAUGCAAGGUUAGGUGAUAUCGGUCUUGCAAGAUUGUAUGAUCGUGGAACCAAUCCCAAGACGACAAAUGUUGCUGGCACGCUGGGUUAUAUGGCACCGAAACUGCUCAAAACAGGAAAAGCAACAACAAGCUCAGAUGUCUUUGCAUUUGGUGCAUUAUUACUCGAAGUAGCAUGUGGAAGGAGACCAAUAGAGUUAAAUGAAUAUGAAAGCGAAGAGAGUGAAAUUCUUGUCGAUUGGGUCUUAAAUUGUUCGAGAAGAGGUGCAAUACUGCAAACAAGUGAUCCAAAUUUAGGAAAAGAGUACAUAAAAGAAGAGAUGGAAUUGGUGUUGAAGUUAGGAUUGUUAUGCUCACAUACUGAUGCAAAGGCCAGAUCAAGCAUGAGACAAGUGAUGCAGUAUUUAGAAGGAGAACUACCUCUGCCUCAAACAGAGUUAUGGGAACUCAGUUAUAAGAAUUCGUCAGCGAUGACUACUUCAGGUGGUGAGCAGCGAAAUUGCAAUGGAAGUAUGUCUCCGUCGAUAAGUAGGACAUCGUCAGUUGCAGAUUCUCUCCUUUUUGGUCGCGGUAAUACAUGA